UGUAAUGGCACAUUAACUGUGAGCAUUUUGACUCUCAAACUAUUCCUUGACCACAAGAGAAGUUUAAUUACAGAUAAUAUGUACUAAGACUGAAUGGCCUUGUUAGAAUAUCUACUUCCUUUACCUUUGCAAUAUGGAAAAGAAACAAUAAAUUGGCCAUAGUAUGGUAAAGAAAAGUAGGUUUCAGGAAACAAACUAAAAAGGAGAAGUUAUCAUAUCCCACAGUAUAUAUAAAUAGAUACAGCCUCCUCUUCUUCACUGGACGACCAUCUCUUCUCCAACCCAUUUGUAUCUUCUUUUGUUGGACAUAAUGCCAAGGGAUAGGGAUGUUAGGAAUAUUAGGGAUCCUUUACUGGUUGGUGGUGUGAUAGGAGAUGUGCUGGACUUUUUUCAUAGAAAAGUAUCUUUGAAAGUCACCUAUGGCUCAAGGGAAGUUAGAAAUGGGUGUGAACUUAAGCCCUCAGUAGUAGUUAACCAACCUGUGGUUGACAUUGGAGGAGAUGAUCUCAGAAAUUUUUAUACACUGAUCAUGGUAGACCCUGAUGCUCCAAGCCCAAGUCGCCCAACCCUAAAGGAAUAUUUGCAUUGGUUGGUAGUAGAUAUUCCUGCAACUACUGGGGCAUCUUUCGGGCAAGAGAUAGUGUGCUACGAGAAUCCAAGGCCAACAAUUGGAAUUCAUCGAUGCGUUUUCGUGUUAUUCCAGCAACUCGGAAGACAGACGGUGUAUGCUCCAGAAUGGCGUCAAAACUUCAACACUAGAGACUAUGCCAAUGUUUACAAUCUCGGCUUGCCGGUUGCUGCUCUUUAUUUUAACUGCCAAAGAGAGAAUGGUUCCGGUGGAAGGAGACCAGAAUUGAACCUUCUUUGACACUUGAAACUUCAAACUUCAAACUUUAAAAUUAACUAAGAGACAGAUGGGUGCCUCUCUCAUUUCUUCAUCCUCUUAUCAUUUCCAUAUCUGUAUUAUUUAACUAGCGCUAAUUAAUCAGCUUCCACAAGAAAUAGUUCUACUCUC